GACUUUCGCGUCAAUUUUAUUUUGGAAACUUAUUUACCUACAAAAAACCACUUAAAAACAGAUAUUCAGCCAUAAUUUAAAUCAGAGAUUAUAUACAAUGGAAAUGGAAAAUUCUGAUGAUCGUGUUUAUGCUGCAGAAAAAAUUCUUAAAAAGAGAACAAGAAAGAGAAUUCUUGAAACAAGUGAAUCUGAAGAAGAAUCAUCACAAGUGGAUAUUACUGAAAGGGAACCUCCCGUUAAGAAAGAGAAGUUGAGAAUAAAAGAAGUUCCAAGGAAACCUGAAACUAUCAAAAAACCUGAGAUUGUUAAGAAAGAUGUAAUUUCUAGUCCAAAAAUUAUGAUAACAAUUCCUACAACAAGCUUAUCAUCUUCAAAUACUCCAGAAAAAGCAUCUCCUGUUUCGAGUGCAGCAGGCCCUAUUCCAAAACUUAUGAUUCCGACAGAAGUAGAACAAGUUGAUGAUGGAGUGUCAAGUAGCAGUAGUGAUGAUCAGCCCAUUGUUAGUAAAGAUUUGAUAGGAGCAAAAAGAAAGGCUGAAGUUUUAUCGAAAGAAUCUGGAAAGAUUGGAAUCACAAUAAAGAAAACAACCAUCACAAAUCCUUUACUCUCUCCAAAAUUGAAAAAUGAAAAGAAAAUUACGGCUGCUCUACCAUACACAAAGGAAGAAGAACAGGAUUCUUCUAAAAGUACUAUUGAAACAAUUUCAACUGUAGUCCCAACUAUCCCUGCGAAAAAAAAUUCUCCUCCAACAAAGAUUUAUGAAAACAAGAAUACCGUGAAAACAGAAGAACCAAACACACCUGAAAAACUUGUGUCAUCUUCUCCAGAGAAUAAGAACAGUUCAAAAGAAAACAAGUUCACUAAUCUCAUGACAAACAGCAAUGUAAAACUGUUAACAUCUCCGAAGUCAGCUCAUCCAAAACUGUGGCUGCCAAAAGCUCAAUCAACUUCAAAUCAAAUUUUUAUCACCGACGUAACAGUAAACUUGGAAACAGUGACCAUUCGUGAAUGUAAGACAGAAAGAGGUUUCUUUAAAUCUCGCCAGGAUAUGGAAAGGAAUUUCACAAAAGCUCAAUGA